AUGCAGGUCUCACGUAUCAUCUCCAUCGCCCUGCGCUUCGCACAGUUCGUCACCGCGGCCAUCGUUCUUGGCUUGACGGCAUACUUCCUUCACCAGCGCGAAGCCCACAGCAUCGGUCCCAUGUCACGUCUCGUCUACAGCAUCAUCAUCGCCUCCAUUUCUGUCUGGAUUGCUCUUCUCUGGAUGAUCCUCCCGCACUCUACUAUCACCCAUUCCAUCACCGAUCUCUUGUUCUGCGCUGCCUGGUUCGCUGUCUUCGGUUUGCUGCAGCACUACUACGAUGAGCAGAUGAAGUGCGGCAGUCCUUGGGCUUGGGGAAACAUCAGGCUGACGAACAAUUACUGUGGCCAAUGGAAUGCUGCGCAGGCUUUCAGCUUCUUGGCUGCUGUGUUCUGGUUCGCUAGCUUCAUCCUGGGAAUCUUGUUGUGGAGCAAGCGAGACAGGACUCCUGUGGUCACGGACAACGUGUCGGCUAAGCGUGGUUUCUUCCGUCGUUCGGCAGUCUAA